UAUGGCAUGACAGAAAAAAAUAGUUAUUCACUGCAUGGCCACCCUUACGUCUGGCAAGCCGGAUAAGGCCGAUAAAACGCUGGAAAGUUGCUCCGUUGCCAGCUAGUGUGUCCGCCUCUCUACUCAUCAGUGGGAGUCCUGCACCUGCGUGACUGAAGAAAUCUGAAAACCAAAUCAAGCCAAGUGACCAGCGAAGGAAGCAGUCAUGGGCAAGGGCGUGAUGUACGUGGUGGCGGCCGUGGUGUUCAUAGGCAUCGGGGCUCUGGUGGCCGGCCUCAGCAUUUGGUACCAUCACCCCAACCUCAACAAGGAACCCGUGAUCGUGGAGCCCCAGUACGCUGAGUGUGUUCUAAAGGCCUCUAGCAAAUCAAAUGUGACGGGAACUCUGUCCCUGGUGCAGUCUCGUUCCUUCUUACCUGUCCUGAUCACCGGCAACAUCACAGGCUUGAGUGAGGGUAAGCACGGCUUCCACAUCCACCAGUGGGGAGUUGUGGAUGAUAAUUGCGGAUCCACUGGUGGUCACUACAAUCCUCUUGGCUACAACCACUCUGCCCCCAACGCCACAGAGCGGCACAUGGGUGACCUCGGCAACGUGCUAGCAGAGACCAUCAACUCUGGGGCCACCAUCGCCAAUGUAGUCAUCACGGACAAAAUCUUGACACUGUCUGGCAAGUACUCCAUCGUAGGGAGGGCCAUCGUGGUGCAUAAAGACGAGGACGACCUGGGGAUGGGAAACAACUCUGGAUCACUCAAGACAGGCAACGCCGGGAGUAGGGUUGCCUGCUGCACCGUGUAUUUAACCAAGGCACCCGAGGCACCCAAACAAUAAUCCGGCAUGGGCUGUUUCAGUACAAGGCUUUAUUUCAACAUGAAAGUGGUGACAACAGAUUGCCAGUAUCAACAUACUGGCGUUCUAUAUUGAGUGUUAAGUAAAUUAAUUUGAUGUACCUAAUUUGAAAGGUCAGUAUUAACUUAUUGUACAGGGCUUAGUGUGCUAGGCCAGUUUCCUGCCGUACCCCGCGGACCGAGUUUCCGCCUUGCGACAGGUGAUAUAGCACUUAAAAGAGAGAUUCAGUGUCAAAAUUCUUUGUGUAAAGUUCAUUAUAAUUUUAAGUCUUUCUUCUGCCUUGAAGUCUUUUCUGUACGGGUGGUCUUAUCAGCGUUGAACGAGGCGGGACUUCACUGUGAGGUUGUGUGACUUGUAGGAUGAAUGUAUAGACCCCUGUGUAUUUUUGUUUGAAGAAGCUACUUUGGCAUGUUUUCAUAUUGUAAUGACGUCAUAAUUCACGAUGUCAUUCCAUUAUUUCAGAGGUCAAGUUAAAGACACAUUAACUUUGUAAAAUUGCAGUACUGAAAUUACUUUUACUCAUUACAAUGAUAGUGAGUCAGCUGUUUGUAAAAAUGCAAUACUGAAAUUACUUUUACUCAUUACAAUGAUAGUGAGUCAGCUGUUUCUAUUCAUGAUGUUAAUAUUAUACUGUAAUUACUGAUCUCCCUGACGGAAAUGUACAUUACUAAAAGAUAAAUAAAAUUUAUAUAAAAGUA